AUGAAAUAUAAAAUAUAAUAUUUUGUUUUUACUUCAAAACCCUUUAAACAUUGUUUAAAAACAUGACACAAAAAGUGUUUUUAUUUUUAAAUCGGGGCAAUCUAGCUUCUUUUCGUUGCUAGUUCUUUUCUGUGAUAUUUUAUUACAUCCAAGAGUUAAUCAUACUUCUAUCAUUAUAAAUGAAACUGACAACCGUGUACGGCUUACAGAAGCGAAAUAAUUUCUCGCUCUCAAGCCAGCCGAAUUGAUAUUCAGCAGUCGACGAAAAUAUCAAUUUUGUCCUCAUAAUUAUGGCAACAUGAGCUGCAUGGACUACGAGCAAACGUACAAACUUGUCGUGGACAUCAUGAGAAACUGCCAAAAUUCGGAACUUCUGAUCAUGUUGCUCUUCCUCUUUCUGCCACUGCUUUUUCUGACCAAUAUUCGGUGGACAAAUGGCCAAAAUAGCGUUGAUCGAUCAAAAGCCGACUGGAAAGUGGCCGUUUAUGAGCAUAAGCCGGUAGGCACCGGCAAGGAUCCACCUGUGCAGCUUAUGCUGCAGAAUUUGCGCGCGUAUGCAGCAGCCGCAACGGAAGCCGCCGCGCUCGGAGCCAGACUGAUUGUGUUUCCAGAAUACGGUCUGCUUUCCACAGCAUCUUAUUCAUCUCGGGAUCAGCUGCUAAAAUAUUUACAACAAAUUCCCACAGACCCGGACCCUUGUGAAUCUUCUUCGGCACUGGAAAGCGAAGUCAUUAAAGAAAUUUCCUGUCUAGCCAAAUCUCAUGGCCUCACCAUCAUCGUCAACUUGGGCACCAUCCACUGGUGCAACCACACCGGCAAGAGUAAUCCGCAAUGUCCACCCGACGGUCGCUUCCAGUACAACAGCAAUCUGGUAUUCAACGAGCGCGGCGCCAUCAUCGCCGUCUAUCACAAAUACAAUCUCUUCGGUGAACGCUUUUUCGAUACACCGCCAUUGGACUUUGUGACCUUUACCACCCCCUGGGGCGUGAUUGGAGUGGGCACCUGUUUUGACUUGCUGCAGAGUGAUCCCUUGUUGCGCUUAAUCCAAGAGCGCCGGGUGGACGCUGUUGUGUUGCCUAGUUUGUGGUUUAACCGCAUUCCUUUUCUGGCGCUGUAUGAGAUCGCCGAAGGAUGGGCAGUGCGCACCGGGAUCACCCUGCUGGUGGCCAAUGUGCACAGUCCCAUCACCGCGCAUGUCGGCAGCGGGAUUUUUGGUCCAGAUGGUGUUAUUGACUACACAUAUGUAACUGACGUCAGUUCCGGUGGACAGUUAAUUGUUGCCCCACUGCCGAUGCCAGUAAAAGGUCAAUCACGAGCCGUACCGUCAGCGUUAAUACUGAAUUCCCACGAGAAUGACCAGCAUGCAUUUCAGACGAUGACAAACGGUGAUCUAUUUUGGUACACUGCUCUAGGAGAGGGUAUAAAUCAAAACACCAUUUUUUGCCGGGAUAAUCUGUGCUGCCAAGUUAAUUAUACAUACAAACAGGAGCCACAACAUCCAGGUUACUUCGCUCUAGGAUUAUUUUCCGGAAUGCAUACCGAGAAUUAUACACUGUAUAACGAAAUGUGUGCGGUAGUGCGGUGUUUGGAUGAGCGACAUUGUGGCGAUGGUAUAGCGUCGGCCGUUGGUGGCCUUUCCGAUCUAUCCCUGACCGGCAAUUUCUCUUCUGGUUCCUACGCCUAUCCCACUGUCCUGGUGGAUAAUGCGCUGUUGGCCAGUGCCGGGCAAUGGAGAUUCGAUCGUUCACGCCAAGUGCUGCAUGGGUCAGAAUCGUUGAAAAGCAUCCUUGUGUUUGGCUUAUAUGGGCGAAAUUUUGCCAAGGAUCGUUCUUGAUUUAUUUGGUUGCUAGUUAAAAAUUGUUGUUUAGCAAGCUUGCAUUAUUUCUCGAGGAAUUCUCAUUUUCCCAAUGUGUCAGUAGAACUUAGCAUGCGUUUUCCGGUUUGUUGCAAAAGUACGGGUACUAAUUGUAAAUAAUUUACUGCAAUUCGCCGUAGCUUUGUGCCGUUAUGGCGAAACUACUGACAUCCAUAUUAAAAGAUUUAACGUGCAG